CCUGGAGCUCAUCCCUAUGAACAUGAACUACUGGCAAAAAAAAUUUUUUUAAAAGAAAAACUUAAUAAACUUAGGGGUCAGUAGGCCCUUCAUAGGGGAGAAACAAGCCUUUAAAGUGAGCGAAACCCAGGAUUGAGGGUACAAGGUCUGUGCUGAAUCUCCUGGAUUCAGGAUUAUAUCCCCUGAGGGCCCAGCUGGAAGGCUGGAACACACCUGGGCACCUGGAAAGCUGACAUGGGAAACAGGUAGCAGGUGCUAUAAUGGGCACAAUGUGAAUGAAACUUUGGUGCAUGAAACAGGCAUUUACAAUGAGAUGGUGAAGACAGGAACUGACAUGAUGAGUGACACGAGUUCUGGAAGCUUGGAGGUGAGCCCUGGCAGCCGGGAGACUUCAUUUGCUACCAUGUCACCUGGGGAGAGCGGCCGCGGCUGGGAGGAUAGUGACACCUGCAGUGAGUGCGGCUACAGAGAGUCAGGCGCCAGCGGCUCCUCUUUUGAGGAGCUGGACCUGGAGGGUGAGGGGCCCUUGGAGGAACCACGGCUGGACCCUGAGACUGAGCCCCUGGGGGCUACCAAGUGGCCCUGAGAGCCCAGUACCCGGAGAAGGGCAAGGAGUAACCCAUGACCAGCCCCCUCCUGCGGGGCAGUGCUGCGGAACCGAGCAGACUCUCCAGCCAUCUUCCUCCUUCUCCUGGGGGCGAGGGGUUCCCAGGGGACCUGACUCCCCCUGCUCUAGGCCUCUUGUGAAGCCUUCUCCUCACUGUCCUUUAGGCUCCCAGGGCCAAAGCAGCCAAAGACUAUUUCCUGCACCAGCCCUGUGGGCCGCCACUCCUGUUGUAUCUCUUUUUCAGACCAUCACUGGAGCUUCCAGGACCCAGAAUAAAGCCAAUGACUUACUUGUUUCA